AUGCUACAGCUUCUAGGCUUACGAAAGGGCACGGCAGCAGCAGCAGCAGCAACAGUAGCAGCAGAGACAAGAGCAGCAGCAGCUCUUAAAGUAGCAGCAGCAACAACGAUUGCAGCAGCAGCAACUAUGAUUGCAGCAGAAGCAACUGCAACAAAUGGUGCUGCUGCUGCAUCUUCGCUGGGGUUUCUAGCUGCUGCUGCGGCAGCAGCAGCAGCCGCACCCGUGCUGAGCUGCUCAUCUGUUUCUGUGGAAUUAAGAAGGCUUAAUAGCUGCAGAAUUAUAACCGCAAUUUGUUACCAGAUAACAGCAGCAGCAGCAGCAGCAGCAGCAGCGGCAGCAGCACAGGCAGCAUGGGAGGCAGCAGCAGAGAGCCAUUUGCGCCGUCAUCAAAGCCUAGCUGCACCCCUUUGCAGCAAAAACUCAAUUAAAUAUUAUAAAAGAAUUAAUUUAAUUAUUUUUGAUCUUUUUAACAACAAAAGAAACACAAUUGGUGGGGUUGCUGCAACACAAAUCGACCCUGUGUACAGCCCCCCCGGGGGGCCCCCGCUGGGGCCUCCAGCAACAGCAGCAGCAACAGCAGCUGCUGCAGCAGGACUCGGACGGCUGGUGGCUGCUGGGCCCGAGGUGCUGCUGGCUUCCUGCUGGCAGCAGCAAGGGGGGCAACAGCUGCGGCAGCAAAAGCAACAGCAGCAGCAGCAGCAGCAGCAGCAGGAUGGACUUCGACUUGCUGCAGUCCCACCUACAAUGGCGUAUAGCUGUGCACCGCGUGAGGCCUUGCUUGCGGCACGUUUCAGCCCUCCUCCCGUAGCAGCAGCAGCAGCAGUAGCAAAUGAGGCAGCAGCAGGCCGGCCAGCAUCUCUUGCUGCUGCUGCUGCAGCAGCAAACGGGGCCCCCUGCCUCUCACCUGCUGUGGCUUACAGCAGCAGCAUUGCGCGCACUCUGGAGGCCCUAAAGAGCCUGCAGCAGCUGCUUAUGAAACCCUCAGCAGCAGCAGCAGCAGCAGCAGCAGGUGCCGCUGCUGCUGCUCCAGGGGAGGAUGAUGCAACACCGGGGAACCUGCUUCCUCCUUCGUCGUGGCAGCAGCAGCAGCAGCAGCUGCUGCUGCUGCAACAGCAGCAGAAGCGGCUCAGGAAGCAGCACAAACAACUGCAGCAGCAACAGGCACUGCUCCUUCUUCAGCAGCAGCAGCAGCAGCAACAGCAGCAGCACCGGCAGCAGGAGGAAGUGUUUGUUAGGAGAAUUGCUGCUGAGGUCCACGUGCUGGUUUCUGCUGCAGCAGAUCUGCGCAGCCCCGCGCUGCAGCAGCUGCUGCAGCAGACGGUUGGGGGCGCCGCCGCUGCAUGCAGGCAGCAGCAGAGGCAGCAGCAGCAGGAAGAGCCUUCAGCAGCAACAGAGGCAGCUGCAGCAGCACGCGAGGUGCUGCUUGCUGUGCUGACGCCUUCGGUUAGCAGCAGCAGCAGCAGCAGCCAGCUGCUGCUGCCUCCGGGUCUGCUGCAUCGGCUGUCUUACUUGUCCCUGAACGGCCUCGGGCUGCAGCAGCUGCCGCCUCUUGCUGCUGCUGCUCCGCUGCUGCAGCAGCUGCUGCUGGACCACAACUGCCUCACAGAUGACUCACUCCGCUCGCUGCAGCAGCUGCAGCAGCUGCAGCUGCUGUCCCUUUCUCACAACCGCCUGCGCCUCCCAGGACUCUGCUCUGCUGCUGCUGCUGCUGGAGGCUCUGAGCAGCAGCAGCAGCAGCAGCAGCAACGGCGGGGAGGUCCGUACAGGACGGGGGCCUUUGCUGCGGAUGAGCUUCCCCAACCAGCAGCAGCAGCAGCAGCAGCAACGCUAAGUAGCAGCAGCAGCAGCAGCAGCAAGGGGCUAUUUGGCAUCUGUUCUCUGCUGCAGUCCCUGCCUUCGCUGCUGCUGCUGGACAUCAGCAGCAACAGCCUCUGCUCGCUGGGCGAGCAGCUGCAGAGCUUGUCGCUGCAGCAGCUGCUGUGCUGCAGCAACAACUUACGGGAGCUGCUGCUGCUGCAGCAGCUGCCGCAGCUGCUGCUGCUCGAUGCCCGCCACAACCCUAUUGAUGUUGUAGGGGGGCUCGACUGCGCGCCGAAGCUUCAGCGCCUGCUGCUCUCAGAGCAGCAGCAGCAGCAGCAGCAGCAACAGCAGCAGCAGCAGCAGGGGACGGAAGCUGGAGAUAUAGAGUUGUGCCACGACGCCCUGGAGAGCGUUGAUGUGGAGCUGCUGCCUCCGCAGCAGCAGCAGCCGCAGCAACAGCAGCACUUGACGGAGCAGAGGACUGCAACACCAACAGCAUGCAACAGCAGCAGCAGCAGCAGCAGCAGGGGCACUCUUGCUGCUUGCCGGUGGCUCUCAGUGUCGCGCUGGCGGGUGCCGGAGCUGCAGCAUUUGAAUAUCAGCAGCAGCAGCAGCCGCAGCACUCCGCUGCAGCUUCCUGAGGAAUGGCUGAACCCCCUCAGCAGCAGCAGCAACAGCAGCAGCAGCAGCAACAGCAGCAGCAGCAGCAGCAGCGGGAGCCUGCGGCCGCUUCCUGCUGCGUGCGUCUUCCCGCGUCUGUGUCGCUUGUCUGUGGUUGGCUGCUGCUGGUCUGCUGCUGCGCUACAUGCGUUUGCUGCAGCGCCGCUGCCGCUGCUGCAGCAGCUUGACUUAAGGUGCUGCAGCUUGCUGCUGCUGCCCCCCGAAGUCUUCGUGAACAAGCCGCAGCUCAAGCUGCUGCUGCUGGAUGCAAAUCCGCUGCUGUCGCUGGAGGCUCUGCUGCUUGCGUUGAAGCCAAUCGUGCCAACGCUGCAGCACUUGUCGCUGCGAGACACUCCUAUGUGUGACGGUCUUUAUCCGUUGCUGCAGCAGCAACAGCAGCAACAGCACCAACAGCAUCAGCAACAGCAGCAGCAGCAACACGAGACAGCCAUGCAAGCUCCCCCCUCUUUUUUGCUUACAGAGUCUCUGUACGAGUUGAUGGUAGAGCAGCAACAGCGAUGGCAGCAGCAGCAGCAGCAGCAGCAGCAGCAGCAGCAGCAGCAGCAGCAUGAGUCCCUGGCGACGCUGAUUGCACAGAGAGAUAUGUUCUCACCUCGGGACCUCAAAGCAGCAGCAGCAGCAGCAGCAGGUAAUUCUGCUGCUGCCGGAGCUCUUCAAAGGAGCGGUGUAUCGAAGAGUCGCUGGGUCUACAGGUUUGUUUCCCGUUGCUGCCUGCUGCUGCUGCUGCAGCUGCUGCUGCUGCAGCUGCUGCUGCCAUGCAUGUUUUUCCUGCUACGGACGUUGCUGCAUGAUGCCUUGGGGCUUGCUGCUGCUGCUGCUGCUCUUCAGGCGAGCUGUUGCUGCGGCUUGCCCGGAGCUGGUGUCGCUUGA